CUCUGAUGAUCUUGGUAUAGUAUUCGCCUGUGUAUUUCAAAAGUAAUCUCACAUUUGAAGAGACUAACAGUUCCUGUUUUUGCCAGCAAUCAAGUUGAAGAAACGUGUCCACUACUUAAAGAGGGACCUGCAAACUAUUUUUAUCCAGCUGUCCCAAUGGGAUUUUCUCUUAGUAAAUCUGCUACUCAAGUGUCUGCUAUGCGUAUGGAUUCAAAAGUGGAUGAUCACUUAAUGCAAAGGACUGAGAAAAGCAAAUUGGAACCCGUGACUCAGUUAUUUCAAAACACCAAGAAAAUAAGAUUAGAAGACACAAACCAAGAAAACUUUACAAGGAGCAAAGAUACUGGCACAGGAUCUCUUUCGGAGAAAGCCUUGGGUUCAGUGGUAUAUGUUAAAGAAAGUGAUGGAAUAGAAAUGAUAGACGUGGAAUGAAGUUAUUUGUGUAUGUUACCAAAGAAACCAAAAAUUGCUUUUGACUAAGAGGGCCUGUUGAAUGAGAACUUAACCUUAUUAUGAAAACCUAACAAAAUGAAGGAAGACGAUUCCUUAUUUUUCA